CCAGGUAGACCUAUAGGGAGAUGAUGUCAACGCACAUAUGAAUCCUGGGUCCAACAAUUACUUUAAGUUAUGGACUUUGAUCAUAUGAAUGGAAGCAGUAAGCAUUCAAGAGUAGACGUAGAUGAAAGUGAUGGGAGUGGAAGCGGUAAGCAUUCAGGAAGACGUCUGGAACUUGUCGUUGGAAGCAGAAGCAGUAGGCAUUCGAGUGAGGGAAGUGGAAGCAGUAAGCAUUCAAGUGAGGAGAGUGGAAGCAGUAAGCAUUCAAGUGAGGAGAGUGGAAGCAGUGAGCAUUCAAGAAGACAUCUAGAACUUGAUGAUGAAACUGAAAGACGUAAUCGUUCAUGCGAGGGUAGUGGAAGCAGUGAGCGUUUAAGUGAGGGCAGUGGUAGCAGUGGGCAUUCAAGAAGACAUCUAGAACUUGAUCAUGAAACUGGAAGCAGUAAGCAUUCAAGUGAGGGUAGUGGAAGCGGUAAACAAUAUCCAGAGGUAUUGAACAGGAGCGGAGAAAAUGAAAGUAAUCAUUUUGAGCUUAAUCCAGAGAUUAUUAAGGGAUGGGGAAAAAAUAAUAGCUCUGAAAUGCACCCAGAGGUAAUUGAUGGGAGUGAAAGUAGUAAACGAUCGGAAGUAAUUCAAGAGGAGGGCGAUAGGAAUGAAGGUGAUAUACUUUUCUCAACUGAAAAGCUGAGGUUGUCGUCCUCUUCAUCCCCAUCUUCGUCUGGCUCAUCAACAGAUGAUCAGUUUCAAGUGGAUAAAAAGUCCAGACCAGGCAACACUUCAACUUCCUCCCCUAAAUUUGAUGAGGAUACUGAACCGUCAUCAAAAGACAAACGUAAUGUUUCUGGUAACAACUUUCCCAAAUCAGAAGGAUGGCAAAAUGGAUCUGCAGGUCCCAAAUCGACAUCUCAACAAGUUUCUAGUGUCAGCCACGAAUCAACAUCAACACAAUCCCCUCCGAUCCAAGUGAUGGACCGACAAGAAGAAUAUGAUCCUUAUAGGAUUCCCUCCGCUGUCUUUGCAAGAAGUAAAUCAACAACACCUGUGGAUUGGAGUAUUGCUUCUAAUGAGUCAUUAUUUAGCAUUCAAGUAGGGAACAAUAGUUUUUCCAGAGAUCAUAUUCUAAACCUAAAAUCUGGAGAACUUUUCAAGUCAGGUGAGUUUAUUGCGUUCAGUCCAUCCCCUGUUGCUUUAACGGUGGACACUCAGAAAAAGAGUGUUCAAUUGGACAAGAGCAAAGCAACUGUAGUAUCAGAUGACGCUGUCAAGGAUAAAACAGGCCUGUGUGUUGAAGAUCCAAUUCAGGAAAAGCCAACACAUCCCACGGUAACUUGGAAUUCAUCCACCAUUUCUAACCAUUCUGAUGAUAGUGGAACCAGUGGACACUCCUUUGCGUUUCAAAUAAGAAAGAAGAAGAAAAAGAAGCAGAGAAAGUGUGCAUGGCCAUCAUGCUACUGUUCUAAUUGUAGCUGGGCGUUCUGCUACUGUACAUGGCCAAGCUGCUGCUUUAGGUGGCCAAGCUGCUGCUGUUCUAAUUGUAGCUGGGCGUUCUGCUGCUGUUGGAACUGUAGCAUAAAAAGAUGGUGCUGUCACUUUUCUACCGUUUUGACAGACGGAAGAAAUGAUGGUGUGAAAGAAAACGUGAAGCAAAAACAAGAACAACAGACCUUAGACUCUGCAGUACCCUCAAAAUCAGGUUGCUGCAGCUGUUGCACUUGGUUUCCUUCCUGUCAAUGCGGAUGGCACUGGCGUUGGUGUUACUCUUGUAACUGUUGUCGAGGAAACAGCUGUUGAAGCCUCAAGCCGCCCUCUCCCUUCCACAAAGGCCCGUCUAUAUCUAUCCGUUUUUGGGAUGUUUGCACAGAUCUCUUGCUAUUUAAUCAUCAUCAUGACUUCUGCAUAAAUGCAAAGGUUCUCAUCAAAGGACUUGCUCUUUCAUUUUUCCAUGGAACUGACAUACUUCAAUCGAGUCUAAAGUUAACAUAUCUUCUCUUCUCAUGUACAUAAUCAUGUCAGAGUCGGGUCCUUUGUCAGUGAGAAGAAAGGGAAAAUGCCUAGGGAGGCAAUGGCUGGGAAGGGGAAACUCAUCUCGCCCCUACAUGUUUUUGAAGAUUUGGGGAGGAAAUUAACUUUUAGGUCGUUUCCUUCAUGUUACUUUCUAGUUUAUUAAGUGAUACAUUAGAGUUUCAUUAGAUUUUUUCACUGGUUUCUCCAAGCUUUAAAGUAAUGGUGGAGGUCAGAAGCUUUCUUGUGCAGUAAA